AUGAGCAGCCCCCGAUGCCGCCCCCGCUCGCCGGCGGUGAAGACGCCGCUGGAAGACGACGACCUCCUCUCAGAGAUCCUCCUCCGCCUCCCGCCGCCGCCCUCCUCCCUCCCCCGCGCAUCCCUCGUCUGCAAGCGCUGGCACGGCCUCGCCUCCGACCCCGGCUUCUUCCGCCGCUUCCGCCGCCACCACCGCCGCAGCCCUCCGCUCCUCGGGCUCUUCGACAAACACGACGUCCCCACCUUCGUGCCAAUCCUAGAGGCCCCGGACCGCGUCCCGCCCGGGCGCUUCUCCUUGCAGCGCGGCCACGGCGACCGCUUCAUGUCCCUCGGAUGCCGCCAUGGCCUCGUGCUCAUCGUCAACUUCACGCCCGACCAGAUGCUGGUGUGGGAUCCUAUCACCGGUGACCAGCACCGACUCACCAUUCCACCGGGGAUCGCGACACAUGCCGAGAGGACGAUAAUCAACGGGGCCGUGCUUCGCGCCGGCGCCCACUUCCAGGUGGUCUUGACGGUGGCAGACAACCAGGACAAGCAACGCAGACGAGCUCUCGCCUGCGUCUACUCGUCAGAGACCGGCUUCUGGGGCGAUCUCAUCUCAACACCGCUUCCCUUGGGGGUUCCCAGGAGUGAUUAUCCCAUCUUUCAAGACUUUGCUAAAGUACCCACCUUGGUUUUUACUGGCAAGCCCGCUGUGCUUGCUGGGAAUUCCCUUUACUGGGUGCUUGCUGGGAACUUUCAAGGAAUUCUCGAGUUUGAUUUGGGGAAGCAAAGCCUAGCUGUGAUACGGGUGCCACUGCAUAUGCUUGAAAAUGACCACUUCUGGAAUAUGAGGGCAGAGGGUGGUAGCCUUGGUUUACUCUUUUCGAUGGACACCAGCAUUCAGUUGUGGAAGAUGAAGACUGAUUGUGAUGGUGUUGCUUCAUGGGCACUCGCGACAACUAUUGAACUGGACAAGCUGCUUUCCCUAGAGUCACAACGAGUAUCAGUAAUAAUACUAGGCUAUGCUGAGGAAAAUAAUGUGUUGUUCCUGUGGACAUGUGGCAUCCUCUAUAUGGUCCAUCUUGAGUCGUUGCAGUUCAAGAAACUAUGCGAAACCAGAUGCCUUUCUCAGUAUCAUCCAUUUGAAAGUGUCUACACUUCAGAAACAAGCAUUGGUGAUGAACAUGAUGCAGCUGAUCUUUUGCAGCAAACAUAG